AGUACUGCUUUUUAUUUAUAAGUUUGUUAAGAGUGCGAGAGAGAGAUCUUGUUGUGAAUGGCCAUUAGUAAUAAUAAAAAUGGGUUGUCAAAGAAGUUGAAAUGGAGAUCAAGAAGAGGGAGGAGAGGGCUUUGUCGCAGGGGAAUGGCGAUGAGAAUGAAAGUAAAGAAAUUGCAGAAGCUUAUUCCAGGAGGGCAUGGACUUGAGGCCAAUCGGCUGUUGUUGCGAACGGCGGAUUAUAUAAUGCAUUUGAGGUUACAACUUCAUGUUUUGCAAGCUCUUUCAGAGAUUUACACUACUUCAUAACCACCCUCUGGCCUCUGCCUUUGUAUCUCAUGGUUUCUCUCUCUCUCUCUCUCUCUCUCGUUUUUUUUUUUUUCAGGAUUUAAUUUGGUAAUUAAGUAAAUAAAUCCUGAUCGGUAUAUAGACUUAAAGUUAAUUGGUGGCAUGUCUUCUGUUGUGCUUUAAUGAAGUGUAUGUAAAUGUUCCAUCUUCUCUCAACCUCCUUGAUUAUAUAAGAGAGGGUUUUAAAGUUUGAGUCUUGUUUAACAUAUAUAUAUUAUAUAAUAUUGAGACAAUUGUGCCCAAAGUUCGAUUUCAACUGAUAGCAUAUUUCUUUGCGGUAUUUCUUCAUCGAGCUUCGGUUCAGCCUAUCGCAUAGUGAAUGUGUGGCCCAGGAUUUAGAUCUGGCUCAAAGUGGCCGUUGAGCUGGAAAAUUCCCAGGUUAUCAAAAAUUAUUUUGAGACAAUGAUAACAUCAUCAACUAUUUCUCUUCCAAUUAAUGGCUUCUUUAGGGUUUUAUAGUUUGAAGGAGAUGGCAUAUAUAUACAUAAAUGCACGUAUGUAUGUCUUUGGCUAAAUAAAAACUAAAACUUUGAGUGCAAUUCAAGUUGUAAUACAAGUAAUACAGGGUUGUUAAUUUGUUAUCGA